UAAUUUUAGUAGAACAAUAACCAAGUUGGCUUUGCAGGAGUAGAUUACUCCAUGGCUACUCUGGGUUUAUUUAAUACUUAAUGCUGGAACCAUACAGGGAACUUAAUACAGAUUUCAAAUUCAGACUGACAACAUUAUGAUUCUUCUGCAAAACCUCCUUGUUAUUUGAAAUUAGGGUGACCAUAAGAGACGUCUCUCUUGAGAUAAGGAUCGCAACGGUUUCGGAAUGUUUUUCUAGUUUUUAGGAAAUGUGAAGAACCUGUAUGAGCUUGUCCUGUAGGCAGAAACGGGGUCUACAAGUGCUAUUGAAAGAUCUAAAGACCUUCAGGACAUGAAACAGUAGUCAGUUAGAGACUGGUUUUCUUUGGGAAUUCCUUCAAAAAGCCUGCAGACAUACAUAGAUAAAACAUACUGUUAACGCUUUCCUAAGAUGUUGCUGAAAUGGACAUUUCUUUUGGGUCUCUUUCUGCCGUCAUGCAGUGGAUGUUCCAGUGGAUAUACAUUUGUUAAAAGGAAAUGUGUUGAUAUAGAUGAGUGUGUGACAGAUCCGGGUCUGUGUGGUGAUGACGCUCAGUGUUUCAAUACACCUGGAAGUUACUACUGCAACUGUAAUGAAGGAUUUCGAUCAGCAGCAGCCAGUUUCACAGUAACAUCGGGGGAGUGUAGGGAUAUCAAUGAGUGUAUUGAGAAAACCCAUGAAUGCAGAGGUGAUAUGAAGUGUGUGAACACCAUGGGCUCCUUCUUGUGCUUCUGUCCACCUGGAUUUCAUGAACCAACAACAGGCUCAGGAUGUGAAGAUAUAGAUGAGUGUGUGACAGAUCCGGGUCUGUGUGGUGAUCAUGUUCAGUGUUUCAAUACACCUGGAAGUUACUACUGCAACUGUAAUGAAGGAUUUCGAUCAAUAACAGCCAAUUUCACAGCAACAUCGGGGGAGUGUAGGGAUAUCAAUGAGUGUAUUGAGAAAACACAUGAAUGCAGAGGUGAUAUGAAGUGUGUGAACACCAUGGGCUCCUUCAUGUGCGUCUGUCCACCAGGAUUUCAUGAACCAACAACAGGCUCAGGAUGUGAAGAUGUGGAUGAGUGUGUUUCCUCAGUGUGUGGAGUUCACAGCAGCUGCAUUAACACACUUGGCAGCUUCCGCUGCAUCUGUUCUCCAGGGUUUCUCAAACAUGAGAACGGCUCCUGUACAGAUGUGGAUGAGUGUGUUUCCUCAGUGUGUGGAGUUCACAGCAGCUGCAUUAACACACUUGGCAGCUUCCACUGCAACUGUUCUCCAGGGUUUCUCAAACAUGAGAACGGCUCCUGUACAGACAAAGAUGAAUGUACAGAUGUUCCUGAUGUUUGUGGCACAAACGCCAACUGCUCCAAUCAUCAGGGCAGCUACAGCUGUAAAUGCCAUGAGGGUUACAGUAACUAUGGCAAUAGCCAAUCAAAAUGCACUGAGAUGAGCUGCGACCACUUUGAGUCUGACACAGAGGACACGCCUGCAAAGUUGAAGACUUUACUGGCGCUGUUGAGGAGCAGCUGUGAGUCUAUGCGUGGCCCAAACAGCCAUCAGAUAGGAGAGCAGUUACUGGAGAACUUGUUUACUUUCACUGACGAGCUGCUGUCGGGUGGAAACAUCGCUGACGGGAAGAUGCUGAAUCAUUGUCUUGACGCGGUGGAGAACAGCAUGCGUCUGAUUGGACCUCAGCUGAAAGAGCCUGUGACCAGGAUGGAGACACACAACACCUUUGCUGAAGUUGCAGUCAUGCGGGGGCAGACUCCACCCAGUGGGCGUGUCACUCUGAGCACAGACUCCGCCCUCUUCAGCACCAGCUGGGAAACAGUUGUAGGCAAAUCAUAUCCAGGUUUUGCAUUUGCGGCUCUGGUCAGUUAUAAAGAUCUGAACUCAUCCAGUGAUCUGCUCCACAAGAUGAGCAAUGAGAGAUCAGACGAUAAAGAGAGAAGUGUCACUUAUCAACUCAACUCUAAAGUGGUGACGGCCGUCGUCAGUAAUGAAGAAACCAAGCAGCUGUCAGAGUCGGUGACGCUCGUCUUUAGACACGUGGAGGAAAGAGUGGAGUCUGAGGGCAUGGCUUACUCUUGUGUGUACUGGGAUGAGACUGAGGGGGCGUGGUCUGGGCGGGGCUGUAAGAGGACUGAGUCUAACAGCACUCAUACAGUGUGUUCCUGCUCUCAUCUCAGUAGUUUCGCUGUGCUCAUGGCUCUCUAUCCUGUCCAGGACGCAUUUGAUUUGGUGUUGAUCACACAAGUGGGUUUGGCUCUGUCUCUGGUCUGUUUAUUUCUCUGCAUCCUGACUUUCAAGUUCUGCCACUCUAUCCAAGGAACCCGAACCAGCAUUCAUCUCCAUCUGAGCAUCUGUCUCUUCAUUGCAGACCUCAUCUUCCUCUGUGGGAUCACCAGUACUCACAAUCAGGUAGCGUGUGGGAUUGUGGCCGGUCUGCUUCAUUUCUUCUUCUUGUCUGCGUUCUGCUGGAUGCUGCUGGAGGGAGUUCAGCUCUACCGGAUGGUUGUGCUUGUGUUUCACACCACAUUAAAACACCUCUACAUGUAUUUGGUGGGAUACGGAGUCCCUCUCGUCAUCGUCACCAUCUCUGCCAUCGCCUUCCCAGCAGGUUAUGGGACCAGUAGACACUGCUGGCUCUCUCUCGAUCUUUACUUCAUCUUGAGUUUUUUCGUGCCAGUCUGCAUCGUCAUGAGCCUCAAUUGUUUCUUCUUCAUCAUCACUGUCUGGAAACUGGCCCAGAAGUUAUCCAGCCUCAAUCCAGACCUCUCCAGCCUCCACAAGAUCAGGAGUUUCACGGUGACCGCUGUGGCUCAGUUGUGUGUUCUCGGAGGAACGUGGGUCUUCGGCUUCUUCCUCUUCCAGGAGGACGGGACUGAAGUCAUGUUGUACCUCUUCACGAUCUUAAACAGCCUGCAGGGGGCGUUCAUCUUCAUCAUGCACUGCCUGCUGUCCAAACCGGUCAGGACGGAGUAUUACACCCUGUUUGUCCGAAUGUGUCCACACAAGAAGAAAGUGGAAUACAGUAUCAGCAGCAUUCAGAAACCUCUACGGAGCGAAGACAGCACAGGAGAGUCCAAGAUAUAAAGCACUUGUCAUAUUCUGAUUUUACCAACCCUUAAGCACUUGAACAGUUUUGUAAAAAAUGAAGAUUAUCCACAAAGCUUCAGUUUGACAGGAGGUCGUCAAUUCGUCCUCCUUAUUCCUGUCCAAUCAGAAGAUCUGAAAACUGCUGAACUUUAGAAAGAAUAUAUAUAUAUAUAUAUAUAUAUAUAUAUAUAUAUAUAUAUAUAUGCUUUAUUUACAGUUAUAAGCUUGUCAUCUGAACGGCUAAAAUGGUUCCUGAAUUUAUUUUGUUAUUAAAAUGUAUUUUGAAAAAGAUUAUUGUUUUAAGCUUUAAUAUUUCUAGUCAGUUUUUCUCUUGGUUUUGUCAAUUAAUUGUAACAACCGUGUUUGAUAUUAAUUAGUAACUGACAUAAAUAAUUUAAUUAUUAAGAUCUGGUAUUAUUAUUCUUAAAUAACUCAAAGAUUGCAGUUGUUAAACAUGAUAUUUUUCAAUGCAAAUACAGAGAGAACUAAUGAAUACACAAAUAAAACUGAGUGGAAGCAAGUGAAAGUGUUGGGAUUUCUGGGAAAUGAGCAGGAAAACAAAAACUUGUGGAAAACCGGAGAGAAGCUUUUGGAAAAGGUGAAAUAAACAUCUAAAGGCCAGAUGGACAGAGACUCCGAGGGUGCAAGGUGACAGAGGAAAUCAAUGUGAUUUUGAAAGAUUACAGAAAUCACAUCUGUUUCGUAAUAUGGAGCUGAAAUUGACUUUUCUGGACGAGUAGAUAGUUUCACUUUCAUCUUCUGACAUUUAAGUGUUUUCAACUGAUUAUUCUGUGAUAUUCUGUCUCCCCCUUCAGGUCGAAGCCAAGCAACGCACAUAUUUUAACAUCAAUGUGCACGUUUUUCUGUUUUUGGACGACAAACGUAACCUCUGCAGGAUGAUCGGAGAAUGCGGGAGAAAGAUUGAUAAAUCAUUAAUAAUCAUGACCCAUAAAAACACUAGGAUCACAU